AUGGACAUAACAGUAGUACAAUUGUCUACGGAGAACGCACCGCCGGAUCUGCCACCUGUCGGCGAACUAGAACGAGCACACUUAAGACCUGGAAUGCCAGUGUAUGCCAUGAGGAAUAUGUUUGGGACAUGGGGCAAAGCGCAUAUCGUUGAAGUCAUUGGGGCGUCGAGUUCGCCAUUUUCCAUGUGUCGUAUCAAAUUCGAUAAGUCCCAGAAGAAUGUGUAUAAGACGCUCAGCGCACGAAAUUUGGCUUAUUGCGAACCAGCCAAUGCGAGGAUGACUAUUGGUACACGGGUCAUAGCGCUGUUUCAAGGAUCUGUUGAGGUUGGAAAAGACAGCAAGCUACGAGAGAAGUUCUAUUCUGGUAUUGUGGCUGAAGUCCCUAAUCCUGUUAAUAGCUUCAGAUAUUUAAUAUUCUUUGACGAUGGCUACGCCCAAUACGCGACCCAUGCCGACACGCGUCUCGUCUGUGAAUAUUCCACUCAAGUGUGGGAGGAAGUUCAUCCAUUUUCGCGACUCUUUGUGAAGGCCAACGAGACAAUUAAGACUGAGUGGAAGGACAAAUGGUGGCCAUCAAAGGUUGUCAAAGUAGAUGCGUCGCUAGUUCUAGUGCAGUUUCUAAUGGGUGAAUCUAAGGCUAGGCUGGAAUGGAUUUAUCGUGGUUCCACUAGACUCGAACCCCUUUACCGCGAGAUUCAGGCUGCGGGUAGACAGCGGCAGAGAGCUAUGCCGCGACCGCAAACGGUUUCGAGGCCAAAUAUGCCGAUUGUGGAGUACAUGCGAUCAGAUGAACAAAAGUCGACGGAGUUACAGAAUAUCAAAGAUAUUAAUAAUGAGGAUCUACGUCGCCAACGCGCAGUAGCGAAGAAGUCGACAGCCACGCCCACGCCCCCACCAGUGUCGAACCCCACACCCAUAAAGCUAGACAGCUUCUAUAGUCGAGUCGUGUACUAUACUCCAAAAAAAGCAGUGCGUCCAUACAAAAUAUCCGCGAAUCACGUCUGUGGACCGAAUUGUAAGAGAAAAGAUGUCAUGUCGUUGAAGGAUCUUCUCACGUACAAUCCACUCGCAAAACCACUGCUCAGUGGUUGGGAAAGGCAAAUAGUCCGGUCAAAAUACGACAAACGCGUAAUGUAUCGCGCGCCUUGCGGACGUCGUAUACGUAACAUGGAGGAACUGUUGCGUUAUCUGCAAACGAUCAAAUCGGAUAUGGGCGUGGAUCUGUUCGACUUUGGACCUAACACACAUUGUUUGGCCGAAUUUGUUAUCAAUAAGUACGUCGUUUCUAAGAAGGAUCUAUCGAAUGGCAAAGAGAACGUGCCGGUCCCGUGCGUGAAUUUCUACGAUGGUUCGCUGCCUGAAUUCUGUGCGUAUAGCACGGAGAGGACGCCGACAGCGGGAGUACCACUCAACUUGGACCCGGAGUUUCUAUGUGGGUGUGACUGUGAAGAUGAUUGUGAGGACAAAACGAAAUGUGCCUGCUGGAAGUUGACGCUAGAGGGAGCUAAAACUAUCGGAAUAGAGGGAGAAGAUGUUGGUUAUGACUACAAACGCUUGCCUGAACCAUUGCGUACAGGCAUUUACGAGUGUAACUCUAGAUGCAAGUGUAAAUCGACGUGUUUAAAUCGAGUCGUUCAACAUCCAUUACAAUUGAAAUUGCAGGUUUUUAAAACUCCGAAUAGAGGCUGGGGAAUUCGGGCUUUAAAUGAUGUUCCCAAGGGUUGCUUUAUCUGUAUUUACGUUGGAAAUCUACUUACAGACGCUACUGCCAACCUGGACGGUUUAAACGAGGGCGAUGAAUACUUGGCCGAGUUGGACUACAUAGAGGUCGUGGAGCAGACAAAGGAAGGCUACGAAGAAGAUAUCCCGGAAUCCAUUAAGGCUCUAGAUAAGAAAGAAAGUACUAAAACAUCAGACGAGAGUGAGACUGAAGAGGAGGAAGAAGAAGAAGAGGAAAUGAAGACUCAGAGCGAGGAUGAAGAGUUCAAACCUGUUGGCUACUCACCCAUACCUGAGGCCGUACAGUUCAAUAAGCGUUUGAGAAAACGAAAGAUGGAAGAAGAAAACAAAACAAUCAAGACUGAAUUGAAACAGGAUGAGACGGAAAAAGAAGGGAAUGGCGAAGAUGGAUGUAUCACAAUCAGUGAUGAUGAGGAAGUUCGUGAGCCGUCCCGUUUUACAGCUGCAGCUGAAAUGGGGGACGGUGAUUUUGUUUCUAGGCAUAGAUCUGUUCGUAAAUUAUUUGGCGAGGACGAGGCGUGUUACAUCAUGGACGCUAAGGUGCAAGGCAACAUUGGACGAUAUCUUAACCACUCAUGCUGCCCGAACGUAUUCGUACAAAACGUGUUCGUUGACACGCACGAUCCGCGUUUCCCGUGGGUCGCGUUCUUCGCGAGCACGCACAUAAAGGCCGGCAAAGAGCUGACUUGGAACUACAACUAUGACAUCGGUUCGGUUCCCGGGAAAGUUCUGUACUGCUACUGCGGGGAGACAAAUUGUAGAGGACGGCUGUUGUAGUUGUAUUAUCUGCAUUCACUGCCAAUAUUUUUAAUCUUCAUAUUUGUGUUGUGACGUCAUAAUUAGUUAAUAUUUUCGUAUCAUAAUAAUUGUAUUAGAUUUAUUUCCCACUUUCUGACUGGAGAGAAUAGCAAUUUUUCAUUGAAUACUUAUUGUAACUACAUAAUAAAAAAUGUAGUU